AGCACCGAAACGGGAGUGCGCAUGCGUGGAAGAUAAAAGAGGCGCACACCGCGCAUGCGCCAACCCUGAAGGAGAAGACGAAGGCUUCUUUUUGCUCCGCCAAACGCCGGCCAGGCCGAGAACGGGGAACAGGCCCCUCUUUUGGCCCCUCUCUCGCCCCGAUUCCGUUUCUGCUGGCGCCGGGAGAUGUAAUGAGGAGCCCGGAGUGGUUCCUGAGCAGGCUGCCAACCUCUCCAUCCUGGAUGUGGCCGGUGGAUCCGGGGCCCUUCAGCUGACACGCAGACAAAAUCUGCCGAGCGUGGAGGUGGGGUAGGCGUGUGGCCCACAGGAAAGAGACAUGGAGAGAACGGACGAGGCGUAUGUCAACCGCGACGAGGAAGACGAGAUGGAAAUCUCCGGCUACCGCCCCUGCUCCUGGAAACUGGCGCUGGUCUCGCUGGGCACGGUGUGCAGCGGAGGCUUCCUCCUCCUCUUCCUCUAUUGGCUGCCCGAGCUGAGCGUCAAGUGGACCUGCCGCACCGUCGCCCUCCAAGAGGCCCGGCUCCUGCUCCUCAGGACCACGGACGAGUUCCGGACCUGGUUCCGGAUCCGGGUCUGUUCCCUCUCGGUCCCUGGAUCCGACCCCCUGGGCUUCCCGCAGCCGCCGGAGAGCCAGGGUCCGCUGUGCCAGGCCGCCCCCCUGGAAGACUGGGAUUGCGAGGAGGGCCUCCUGAGCCCCCCUGCCUUUGGGGAGCAGACCGAGGUCCGCUUCUUCGUCCACCAUAACGUCCGCUACCUCUGGAGCGCGGAGUCCCAGUCCUUCCAGCGUCUGAGGGCCCUGGACCUGGGCCGGCCCUUCUCCGCCCUGCACGCCCCCCACGGGGCAGGCCUCCCGCGCGGCACCCAGGACUACCGGCGGCUUUUCUACGGCACCAACCAAAUUGAUGUCCAAGUGCCUUCCCUCCCCAAACUUCUCAUCAGGGAGGUGUUGAAUCCCUUCUACAUUUUCCAAGUCUUCAGCAUGGUGCUGUGGUCCCUGGACAACUAUUACCUGUACGCCUCGGCCAUCCUCUUCAUGUCCCUGGUCUCCAUCUGCUCCUCCCUCUACACCAUCCGGAAGCAAUACGUCCUGCUUCACGACAUGGUUGCUGCGCACAACAUCAUCCGGGUGACGGUGUACCGAGGGCCUUAUGAGACGGAGGAGAUCUUCUCCACGGAGCUGGUGCCGGGGGAUGUCCUGCUGGUUCCUCCGGAAGGGCUGACCAUCCCCUGCGACGCGGUGCUGCUGAGCGGCACGGCCAUCACCAACGAGAGCAUGCUCACGGGAGAGAGCGUCCCCGUGACCAAGACGGCCUUGCCGGACCCCUCGCGAGCCGCGAACGGCCUGCUCCAGGAUCCCACCUACGACCCGGAGGAGCACAAGCGGCACACGCUGUUCUGCGGCACCUCCGUCAUCCAGACACGGUACUACUCCGGGGAGCCCGUCCGGGCGCUGGUCAUCCGGACAGGCUUCUCCACCUCCAAGGGGCAGCUGGUUUGCUCCAUCUUGUUCCCGAAACCGACCGACUUCCGCCUCUACCGAGACGCCUACCGCUUCCUCCUCUGCCUGGUGGGCAUCGCUGGGGUCGGCAUGCUGUACUCGGUCAUCCGCAGCGUCCAGCAGGCGGAGCCCGUGGGGCGCAUCAUCCUGGAAUCCCUGGACAUCCUGACCAUCACGGUGCCCCCCGCCUUGCCGGCGGCCAUGACGGCCGGGGUGGUCUAUGCCCAGCGGCGCCUGCGCAGGGAGCGCAUCUUCUCCAUCAGCCCCCAGCGCAUCAACAUCUGCGGGCAGCUCAACCUCAUGUGCUUUGACAAGACGGGGACAUUGACAGAGGACGGGCUGGACUUCUGGGGCUUCGUCCAAGCUCAGGACGGCCGCUUCCUCCCUCCGGGGCAGGACCUCCGCUCCCCGGCCCUGACCGGCUCUCCUUUCGUGGCCGCCAUGGCCGCCUGCCACUCGCUCGCCACCAUCGGGGGACGCCUCUCGGGGGACCCCCUCGACCUCAAGAUGUUCGAGGCCACCGGAUGGGUCCUGGAGGAGCCCACCAUGGAGGAAACGUCACGCCAUGACCAGAUCCAGCCCACGGUCGUCCGGCCCCCGGAUCGGGGGGCUCCAGGGACCCCGAAGGGAGCCCCCGAGGAGGAGGAGGAGCUCAUGGAGAUGAUGAGAUCCCACCAGAUCGGCCUCCUGGUGCAGUUCCCCUUCUCCUCGGCCCUGCAGCGCAUGAGCGUGGUGACCCGCACUUUGGGCGAGAAGCGCCUCACGGCCUACAUGAAGGGGGCCCCCGAAGUGGUGGGGAGCCUCUGCCGCCAGGAGACGGUUCCAGAGAACUUCUCUGCGGUGCUGGAGUCCUACACCCAACGAGGGCUGAGGGUCAUCGCGUUGGCACGACGGCGGCUGGAGAGCAAGUUCACCUGGCACAAGGUCCAGCACGUCAGCAGGGACCUCAUUGAGAGUGGCAUGGACUUUCUGGGGCUGGCCAUGCUCCAGAACAAGCUCAAGCCCGAGACUGUGCCGGUGCUGGCAGAGCUGCGCAGGGCCUGCAUCCGCCCCGUCAUGGUGACAGGAGACAACCUCUUGACGGCCGUCUCGGUGGGCCGCGAGUGCGGCAUGAUCCCGGCCAAAGGGAAGGUGAUUCUGACUGAGGCCUUGCCCCCCAGGGACGGCCAGCCGGCCACCAUCAACUGGCAGCAGGCGGAUGAGCUCCCGGCCCCGGAGAUCCCCGACAAAGACAGCAAGCAGGAUAUCAAGCUGAUGCUGGACGAGGAAGAACCUCCCCCUGCGGCACCGCGUCCAGUGGUCCCUGAGGUCAGCUACCACUUCGCCAUCGGGGGAAGGUCCUUCUCCGUCAUCCUGGAGCACUUCCCCGACCUGCUGCCCAAGCUGCUGCUCUGUGGCACCAUCUACGCCCGCAUGGCCCCCGACCAGAAGACGCAGCUGGUGGAAGCCCUGCAGAAGAUGGACUACUAUGUCGGGAUGUGUGGAGACGGAGCCAACGACUGCGGGGCCUUGAAGCGAGCGCACGCCGGGAUCUCCCUCUCGGAGCUCGAGGCCUCCGUGGCUUCGCCCUUCACCUCCAAGACACCCAACAUCUCCUGCGUCCCGGACCUCAUCCGGGAAGGCCGUGCCGCCCUCGUGACCUCCUUCUGCGUCUUCAAGUUCAUGGCUCUCUACAGCAUCAUCCAGUACCUCAGCGUCCUGCUCCUCUACUCGAUUCUGCGCAACCUCGGAGACAUUCAGUACCUCUUCAUCGACGUGGCCAUCAUCCUGUCUUUGGCUUUCACCAUGAGCCUGAACCGCGCCUGGAAGGAGCUGGUCCCGCAGCGCCCGCCCACCAGCCUGGUCUCCCCGCAGCUGCUGCUCUCGGUCCUGACGCAGGUCUUCCUCUCGCUGGGCUUCCAGGUGGGCGCCUUCCUCCUCGUCCGCGGGCAGCCCUGGUACCGCCAGCAGCAGAGCCGGGCUUGUGGGCCCGUCCCCAGCAACGCCACCGCCCUCCUGCUGGGCCCCAACCUGACCGGCCUGAGCAACGCCACGGCGGGAUACGCGGAGCCCCACACGCGGGAGGAGGAGACGGAGGCCGAGGCGGAGGAGGACUCUGUGCGCAGCCUGGAGAACACCACCCUCUUCUACGUCUCCUGCUUCCAGUACAUCGCCGUGGCCCUCGCCUUCGCCAAGGGACGCCCCUUCCGACAGCCCACCUGGACCAACCGUCCCUUUGUGGCCUCCCUCUUGGGCACCUCCGCCUUCCUGCUGGUCUUCUUAUUAUGGCCCAUGCCGGCCCUGGACGACUUCUUUGAGCUGGUGUGCGUCCCCUACGAAUGGCGGCUCAUCCUCCUGGUGCUGGUGCUGAGCAACCUGGUGCUCUCCGUCUCUUUGGAGAACUUCAUCUGCGACUGCGACAUCCUCUGGCAGCGGGUGUGCUACACCAAGAGGAAGUACGAAUACCCGAACCAGGCCACCUACCCCCAGCUGGAGCUGGACGCGAUGGCCCCCCCGACCUACUCUUGUCGCCGCCAGGCCCCGCCGAGGGCCAAGUACAAGCGCCUGGCCCAGGAGCUGCUCUUCGACCCCGAGUGGCCCCCGCAGCCCCGGACCAGCACCAAGGGGAGGGGGCCUCCCGCCGAGAGCAGCGCUUGACCGUCGUUUCACCCCUGGAGACAUCGGGCAUGGGCCGACUUCCAGGUGUUUUGGACUGCAACUCCUACCAUUCCUCACAGCCUCAGGCCCCUU